AUGGUUUCCUCGAUAUCCCCUUUAAACACCUACAAGGCCCCCGACUCCUUACUAUCCCGCAAGACAAUCCACGUCGCUGGGGUCCUAACAACCGUUUUUGGUCUUGACGAACUCCCGGACGACGCUUCCGAGGUCGUUUGUCUAUGGCUGAUGCAUCCGCGCCUCGACACCAAGGAGGAUAUGGCGGGCGUGGCUACGACGAUUGUGGAUCACUGGAAUCGCAAAUCGAAGAGCAGUACUAAUGGCAAACGGAGAGGACUGAUAGCCGUCGCCUUUGAUGCGCGGAAUCAUGGCACUCGUCUGGUUGAUCCGCUAUCGAAUGAGACAUGGAGAACGGGGAAUGAAAGGCAUGCGCAGGAUAUGUUUUCGGUUUACAUGAGUACGGCACGGGAUGUAUCUCUCUUGAUUGAUUAUCUUCCGGGGUAUAUUUUCCCUACAUCUGAACGGACAAUAUCCACCCAUUUCGUGCUCGGCGUGUCUCUCGGUGGACACGCGGCAUGGAACUGUCUGCUCCACGAGCCGCGUAUCACGGCCGGUGUGGUUGUCGUAGGGAUGCCAGACUAUGUGUAUCUGAUGACGGAUCGAGCGCGACUGUCGAAACUGUCUUCAUGGACCAAGACUGAUCCUCCCGGUAUCAACUUUCUGGGCUCUCAGCAUUUCCCAACUAGUCUUCUAGAAACAGUUUCAAAAUACGACCCAGCCGCGUUUCUCCUUGGAAACCUAGUAGGAAACGGCCCUACAAAAGCAGCGAGUUUGCCCGACCCUUCUCCACAAGAAAAAGAACAGGUUAGACCACGUCUGAAUCAUCUAAAAAGGAAAAGGAUUUUGAAUCUGUCUGGCAUAUCGGACAAAUUAGUGCCGUAUCGUACGUCAGAUCCGUUCCUGUCUUGGCUGAAAAGGGCCGUUGCUCCAGACGGUUGGUUUGGUGAUGGAUGCGUUCACUUGGAAGAUCUGCGUUUCGAGGGCGCAGCUCACGAUUUCACGCCGGCAAUGAUGAAUGAAGUACUGCGUUUCGUGGACGAGUCCAUGACCGCUCUCGACGCACCGACGAAUGCAGGCACCGUUCGCGAAGCAAAAAUAUGA